UCUCACUUUUCCGUUGUUCGACGCUCUCUGUUUCGUCUUUCAUAAAAAGAAAGUCCCAACCUUUAGUUUUCGUCAAGCUAAAGGGCUUUUUGUUUUGGCUUUUGGGGGUUGUUUGGAUACGGUGAAGCUUUUCUUCUCCGGGAGAUUUUCUGUGUAGGGCUCACGGGCCAAGAGGGGAAAUUCCGGUUUAUUUUCGCCGGAAUCUGAAUUUCUCCGGCGAACAUGGCUUCUAAUCUCCCGAUGAGCCCUCAAUUGGAGCAGAUCCAUGGUGAAAUCCGUGACCAUUUCCGAGCUCUCGCGAAUGGUUUCCAGAAGUUGGAUAAGAUCAAGGACUCAUCUAGACAAAGCAAGCAACUUGAAGAACUUACUGACAAGAUGAGAGAGUGUAAAAGGUUGGUGAAGGAGUUCGACCGUGAGCUCAAGGAUGAGGAAGCUAGAAAUUCUCCUUAAGUAAAUAAGCAACUGAACGACGAG